CGGCCCCUCGUCCAGCCCCUGUGGGCCAAGCCCGGCCCAGCUCCGGGGCCGUACCCGACCGUGCCGCCGCUCCCCAGCCGCGCGUGUCCCCAACACGGCCCCAGCGCCGCCACCGCCCAUGGAGACCCCCGGGGCCACCAGGGCCACCACCCCCCCUGAGGUGUCCCCAGAGCUGCUGCAGCCACUGGUGGCCGUGGUGGCUAUUCUGGGUGAGCUGGGGGCCACCCCAGGGGACGUCCCGCUGGCCAGGCCACCAGGCUCGCUGCGGGCUGGGCUACUGGCCCUCGUUGCCAAGAUCAGCCGGGCCAUGGGCCACCGUCACAGAGAGGCCACCCGCCUCCGUCAUGCCCUGGCCACCACCAGGGCCACCACUGGGACCACCCCUGAGCCCACUGUGGUCCCACCGGUGGAUCCUGCUGUCCCCAAGGCCACCGUAGGGGAUGCCUGGGCCACCGUGGCAACCAUCGCCCGCGAGUGGCGGGAGGCGGUGGCCUUGGUGGAGGCCACUUGGACCACAGUGGCAGGGGACGCUGCGUGCCUGAGGGACACCUGCGGGACUGCGGCCACCACAGGGGCCACCACCGGGGUCACCACGGGCCACCUGGCAGCGGCAAUGGCUGAGGAGGCCAAGGCGUACCAGGAGCUGCUGGUGGCCGCCCGGGCACUGCCGGUGGCCUCAGAGUUGGCCACGGCAGUCUCGGAGGUGGCAGCCCACAGGACGAGAGUGGCCGAGGCCGGAGCAGGAUUGCAGGCGGCCAGCGAGGCCACCGAGAAGACAGCGGUGGCAAUGGUGGAGACGGCGGUGGCCAGGGAGCGGGGACAGCGGGCGGCGGUGGCCCACGAGCCCCUGCGACGUUUGGUGGCCGCCUGUCAAGGGGCCACCAGCUUCUAUUGUCAUCUGCGACACCGUCUCGAGGGCAUUGAGGCCACCGUGGCUGCCAUCGCUGCUCAACAUGGUGGCCCUGAGGGGGGACGUGGUGGCCCUGAGGCUCCUGGGGUGGCCCAGGAGGGUCCUGGUGUCCCCGAGGACCUGAUGGCGGCAGUGGCAGUGGCUGAGACACUGUGGGAAGCCAGCGGCCGCCUGGCCCAAGGCCACCUCCUGGGGACGCUGCGGGAGGCCCGGGGACUGCUGGUCACCCUCGGUGUCCCCAAUGCCACCACGGCCGCCACCGUGGCCCAGCGCUGCCGGGAUGCCACCGCCGCACUCUCGGGGCUGCUGCCGCGGGGACCGCAGUAGGGGACGGGGGCUUCCUGAGGGACCAAUGGCUUCACCGGGGACCGGUGGCAUUAACACGUCACUGCUGCA